UUAGUUUCAUGAGUCAUGACAAAGCUGUUGUGCGUAUAAUUCCGAUGGUGUGUAGUAUCUCAUGCCUUUUGUUGAGAAAGAGAAAUAUCAAAUUCCAAGUGGAUGCAGACUUCAUCCAGACAAUGAUCUGUUCAGAGAUCAGGAGCAGCACAAGGCCCAUGUGAAUAUAAAUGAAUGGCGGUGUGGGUACUGUAAGAAAAUCUUCCGGGCAGAGAAGUUUCUUGACAAGCAUUUUGACAAUAGACACUCCAAUCUGCUGAAUGUUAGUCAUGGCAAGUGCUUGGCAGAUGUAUGUGGGGCAUUGCAUUGUGAUUUUGUGGUGGAUUCGAAGUUGCAGAAAACCAAGUGUAAUCCUGCAGCUGCUGCAAGGAACCGUCAUCUUUGUGAGAGCCUUGCCGGCAACUGUUUUCCUGUUAACAAGGGGCCUUCAGCAAGCCGUCUUCAUGAAUUAUUCUUACGGCAAUUCUGCGAUGCUCAUACUUGCCAAGGAAAGCGAAAACCCUUCCCUAGAGGGGGCAGGAAGAAAACAAGUGCACUCUACCUUGUACUUUCAAUAUUGACUUUGAUGCUGCUGCCUAUAUUCUAUCUUCUGGUCUAUCUCUAUCAAAGAGACAUGAGAAGUGGUGUCCGAGAUUUGAAGCGCAUCUCAAAAGUCGGACACAAGACAAAGUCAUCUUAGUUUGAAUUAUCUGCUUUUUGCCAAUGAUGAUACGCAUCCAGCAUCAUUCAAGACAAAGGAUGGUUAUGGUGGCAGAGCAAGAGCAGAGAUUUCUGCUCAUUGGAGAUGACUGAUGAUUGGGUCUGUACUUCGAAGAAGCAAUAUUUGAUCUACAUCCUUCUUCUCUGACCUAUUUAUGUAAAAUUGCAUUGGCUUUCCUGGUUAGAAAUCAGAUGGACUUGCUUGAAAAUGUAUCUGUAAUGGUCAAACUUCCUUGGUUUCUCAUUUCUCUCCAAAAUGGUAUAUGCUAUCAUUGAUGAAAAGCUGCAAAUUUAUGAUUUUGUUAUGA